AUGGAAUUUGCCGAACGGUGGAUACAGCUUGUGAUGAUGGGCGUUAAAACCGUGUCGUACUCUGUUCUGGUAAAUGGUCAUCGUUUCCAAACCUUCACUCCGAGCAGAGGGAUACGGCAGGGCGACCCGUUAUCACCCUAUCUCAUCCUGCUUUGUGCGGAGGGAUUGUCAGCCUAUACAGCCAAGGCGGUGGAGGAAAAACGGCUACAUGGGCUGCAGGUGAAUCGGGGAGCCCCGGUGAUUACCUAUCUUUUUUUCGCUGACGAUAGUAUCUUUUUUGCCAGGGCUACUCAGGAGGAAUGUCUGGCGCUAAAAAAUAUACUUCACGCUUACGAGCUCGAGUAUGGACAGAUGGUUAACUUCCACAAGUGGGAAGUCUCCUUCUCGGCGAAUGUGAAGCCUCACAGCAAGCUUAUUACCAGCGGAACCCUCCAGAUGCAGCCAGUAGAAAAGCAUCAGAAAUAUCUGGGGCUGGUCACGGAGGUGGGACGAGACAAAAAAGACCUCUUUGCGGGUUUGAAGGAACGGAUAAGGCAGAAGCUGAAAGGUUGGAAGGAAAAAUCUAUGUCUGUAGCAGCCCGAUAA